UUGGCACGUUUUUUAAACGGCUGUUUUUAUUGACAAAAGUCGAGUCUUACCUUAGCUUCGGGGAGCUACUACAUGUUUGAAUACGUUUGAUUUGAAGCUCGUUCAACGAUGCCAGAGGAGCAGAAUAAAGACAUCAGUGUUCGGGUUGCCAUCCGUUCCCGUCCCCUCAUAUCCAAGGAGGUAGCAGAGGGAUGUCAGGUGUGUGUUUCCUUCACCCCUGGAGAACCUCAAGUAGUCCUUGGCAAGGACAAGGCAUUCACCUUUGAUUAUGCCUUCAGGGCUGAAGAUCCACAGGAGAUGGUCUACAAAAAGGUGGUUUCACGUCUUGUGGAUGGAAUUUUCAAAGGUUACAAUGCAACAGUCCUAGCAUAUGGUCAGACGGGAUCAGGGAAAACAUAUGCCAUGGGUAACGCAUACAACAUGACUGACGAGAUCAAGAUGGGAGUGAUUCCUAGAGUUAUUCAGCAGCUCUUUCAAGGGAUUGAAGAGAAACACGACAUGGAGGUCAUGCUUAAAGUUUCAUAUCUUGAAAUUUACAAUGAGGACAUCCAUGAUCUGUUAUCUAAAGACAAAAAGGAGUCCCUUGCCAUCAGGGAAGACAUAGAUGGUGGAAUAAGAGUGUCGGGGUUGAGUGAAGUGACAGUGACUAGUGCUGGUGAUAUGUUCAGGUGUCUUGAGAAAGGAUCUGUAGGAAGAACCACAGGGUCUACGGCUAUGAACCUCCAGUCCAGCAGAUCGCAUGCUAUCUUCACCAUCUAUGUGCAGCUGAAGAAGAAAGAUUCAAGUGAAUCAUGUUGUCAUGCUAAAUUUCAUUUGGUUGAUCUUGCGGGUUCAGAGAGAGCAAAGCGCACCCAAGCACAGGGAGAUAGGUUCAAAGAAGGAGUAAAUAUCAACCGGGGUCUUCUGUCGCUUGGCAAUGUAAUAAGUGCACUUGGAGAUGAGAAUGGCCGUAAAGCUCACAUACCAUACAGAGAUUCCAAACUAACAAGGCUUCUACAAGAUUCUUUGGGAGGAAACAGCCAGACUGUGAUGAUUGCUUGCAUCAGCCCUGCCGACUCCAACAUGGAGGAAACUUUGAAUACCCUGCGCUAUGCAGACCGGGCUAGACGCAUUAAGAACAAACCCAUCGUAAACAGAGAUCCACAGACAGCCGAGCUGAAUAAACUUAGGCAACAGGUUCAACAACUUCAGAUCCAGCUUCUUCAAGGAAAAAUUAUCAAUGGAGAGGGUGAUCCUGCUGCUUUGGGCAUGGAAGGAGGCCAAGAUCUGAAGACCUUACUGGAGAGAAACAAGUCAUUAGAGGCGGAAAAUGCAAAGCUCUCAAGUGAACUGCAGUCAUCGAUAGAUCAAACGACUCAAAUGUAUGAAAAGGUCAUACUGGCCGAGAUGACCAAAGAAAAGCUGAAACAAAAAAUCAAUGAGCUCAGGGCGAGGGCUGACAUGAGCAUCGGAGCUCUUGACAUGACCAUCGCUGAGGGUGGCACUGAGCAUGACAUGUCAAAGGUCAAAGAGCAGCUUGGUAUCAUGAAAGAACUUCAGCAGAAGAUCGUAGAUCUAGAGACUCAACAUGAGGAGGAUGAGAAGGCUGAAGCACUCUAUGGGGAUGCCGAGUCAAGGCCUACGACUGCUGCUACCUCAUCGGAUGGGACUGAAUUCACCGGAUCUUCACCGAGGCCCGAGGGGGAGGACUCGGCCACUCCUGAUAUCACCAAGACGCAUGCCCUUCGUCAGGCAGCCCUGAGCAGAGAGCUUCAUGAGCUCAACCAAGCUCUAGCUAGGAAACAGGAACUUGCACAAACCAUGGGACAGAGUGAUGAGAAGAUGGAAGUCAUGAGGAUCCAAUAUGAGACGACUAUGAAGCAGUUAGAGGAUCAAGUGAACACAUUACUGAAGGAGAAGGAAACCUUGAGUCAUGAGCUCUAUGCAAACAAAUCAAAUGCAAAUACUAACAAGUUGAGCGAGCAGCGUCGUAAGAGACUUCAGGAGUUGGAGGCAGAACUGAAUGCAUUAAAGAAGAAGAUUAACUCACAAGCCAAACUCAUAAAACUCAAAGAGAAGAGUGAUCUUACUGUUGGUAAACUCAACAAUGAGAUUGGGGCAAUGAAGCAAGCCAGGGUCAGAUUAAUGAAACAGAUGAAAGAAGACACGGCCAGAUUUCAACAAUGGAAACGAACAAAGGAUAAGGAAGUUCUGCAGCUCAAAGCUAAGGAUCGCAAGCGUCAAUUUGAGUUUACAAGGUUAGAACGUCAGAAUCAGAAGACUCAGAAUGUUCUUAGGAGAAAGAUGGAAGAGGCAGCAGCUGCUAAUAAGCGCCUAAGAGACGCUCUAGAGAAGAAGAGUAAUGCAAGAAAUGGAAAAACGGUUGAUAAUACCAAUAGACUAGAAGGAAUGGGAAAGAGAAUCAAGUCGUGGAUCGAUCAUGAGCUUGAGGUACGAGUGAGUGUGAAUGAAGCUAAGAGACAUCUAGCCUCACUUCUCAACGACCGCAAGACACUAUCACAGGAGAUCAGGAGAAGAGAAGCAACACAACAGGAUGAUAGUCAGGAACCAAAAGGAAAAGCAGCAUUAGAUGAAUUGAGAUCUGAGAUGGAACUUAGAAGUGCUCAGAUCUCAGAUCUGCAGCAGAAAAUUAUGGAUGCUGACAAUGAUGAGAAGUCACAGACCAAUAGAUGGCAUCACAUCACUAGUAUGCCUGAAGCCAAGACUGGUAUUGACAGACUCAUGGAAGCAGCCACAUUAUCAAGGGUUGAGCUGGGGAUCUUAGAAAGCAAGAUGUCUGAGCUGCAGUUAUUACUUGACGACGCUAAAAAAGACAAAGAAGAGAUGGAGACGGAAAUGAACGAGGUGAAGAUGGCUUAUGAGAAAGAAAGGACUGAGAUACAAAGAGCACAUGAAGACAAGAUUCUGUACCUACUAACCCAGCUCUCCGCAGCUUCUGAUAAACCAGAUGAAUCAGAGCAAACAGUGCACGCUGAAGAGAGUGUACUCAAACAAAGACUCCAUUUCCAGGAGGAGCAAAUUGAGGAGCUAAAGUCAAUACAUGAACAACUUCAAGAAACCUUGCAAGAGAAUGAUGAACUAAAGAAGAAACUGACUGUAGCAACGUACAAAGGAAAGAAAUCCGCUCUUAUGCCUGUUCUGACAUCACCAGAAGCAUCACCAAUUCCUCAAACUAAACCUAAGAAAAAGAAGUCAACAGCAGUUGGUAAAGUGAAAAAAGAAGAACGAGUGACUCUGGAAGAAUUGUUCAGUGAUGAUGAGAGUGAUUCCGAAUAUGAUGUUGAUUCUGAAUCAGACUGGAUGGAGACACCUAUUAAGAGGAGGCGGGCUAGUAGAGCAAAGACCUGUAACUGCAGAACCAAAUGCCGGGGUACAUGUGGAUGCAAGAAAAAUAGGCGUCCCUGCAGCAAAGCAUGCAAAUGUGACCCGAAAACUUGUGAGAAUCACGAAGGUCAUGAUUCAAAUGAGAGUGCAGAUUUGAGUGCCACCAACGUUACCAGCAUAGAGAAUACAGAUAUGAUGAACACCACGGUCGUCUUAGAAAAUAGCACAUCGGAAGCGGAUGCCGACACCCCUGGUCUCCAUGACUUCAAGAUGCCUGGCAAGGUUCUAGCACCUGUGAAUCGAUCAUUGGCUACAGGCAAACCCACCACCACCGUCAAGCCCAAACUCAAGAGGGAGACUGCCUUUGGAGCAGGUUCCCGCAAGCGAUCGUCAGAUGCCCUGAAGGGCGAUGCCAAGGGGUCGCUGGCUAACCUGGAGAACGAGGGGAUCGUAAAGCGAAAGAAGAAACUGCUUGGUCCUAGCAACCGCAGCUUCUUCAAACCUCUUGAUGUUUGAUUGCUACCAACAACAGUACUAGUAUCAAAGAAACAAGUGCCUCACUGAAAUCUUGGCUUAGAAAGGAGUUCAUAGUAAUAGACAUUAUCAACCAAGCAAAAUUAAAGUCUAUGAUGAAUUAUAGAAAAUCAUUUGUAUCGACAAAACCUGACAUAGAGGCAUCAAAAAGACUUUUUUUAAAUCACCUUUUGAGUCGUGCAAAGUUUCUUACUUAUGCUUUUUUUUUUCUCAGUUCUAUGUCGAAUACUUGAUCAUUUCAAGGCCUUGGAAAUGUACAUGUAUGCAUUACAGUUCUAGUGUGAUUUAAUUUGUGUGUGUGUGAACUUAUCUUUAGCCUUUCAACAUGAUAUUAAACUGGAUCGCUACACCAAGUCUCUAUCCUCAUAACAACAUCAGGGAUGUGAGAGUUCAGAUUUUCAUCUGAUUUCAGAUUUUUUUUGUUUUGAUUUUCAGCUUAAUUUCAGCUUUUUGGGGGCUUUUCUCUGUACAAAAAGUAUGGGAGCUCUUUCGAUUUCAGAUUUUUUAACACUCUAGCUUUUUUCAGAUCUUUUUAUUUGUGACCACUCACACCCCUGCAACAUUGACUUGUUAAACAUAUCAUAGCCUGGUAAUAUGGAGUGGUGAACCAUUGUGUUUUAACAAUGGUCUGAUUCCCAACUUAAUGUCUGAUCAGAACAGUCCACCAUCACCAAGUGCUGUCCAUGCAAACCUAAAGUUUUUAAUGAUCCUCUUUGCGAGCACAGGGCCCCCGUCUUACAAAGAGUAAUGAUUGAUCUGAUCAAUCAUAACUCUAUGGAAAUCCAUCAGUGUCAUAAUUUUUCUACAGGAAAUGUGCAAAAUGUCCUUUGUAAACAAGGGAGAACACACCAAAUUGUCAAGAAAUCAAAGAAUUUAUGGAUAUACAUUCAUAUCUAGAAUUUUUUUGAACAAACAUGCAUUUUGUAUGUUGACUUUGCUGGCUUUCCAUAGUUGAGAUUGAUUGGAUCAAUCGCAACUCUUUGUAAGACAGGCCCCAGUUGUCUACUAUGUGUUUGUUUGCAGAAAUUGUUUCAAAAUUUUGAUUGGGAAUGUUUAUGGUAAAGACGACAUCAGCCCAGUUUUAUUUUUGCACUUUCUCAAAUUCAGGUGAAUCUAGUAGGUUGACGUUAAUUAAGAAACGUUAGAUUCAAAGGGUUUCAUAAUCACCAGCAACACAUCAAUUUACAAAAAAACACACAGGAAUUUUGAGUAAUUUGAAACUUAGUUUGCCAUGGUUUGGGGAAAUUAUUAUGAGGCCAUUUCCUAAUAAGCUCCUAUGGAUAUGCUAUGGUGUAAUGAUUGUAUAUCUGAAUGGGAAAACCCCAACAAAACGCUGAAUAUACCAAUGAAUACCAACAAGCCAAUCCUGAACUGUCAAAAUGAAGUCCCACCUAAAUCAUGAAUGCCACCAUUUGUGUCUUUGGUUGAAUGAAAUUACCAAUUCAAUUUUUGAUGAAUUUUGAAUUCAUAUUAUUCAUCUUAUGUGAAAUGGUGUAUAUUUUGUUAAUUCACUAUGUAAAUAUGUUGUAAAUACUAUGCUUGCCCACUACCCAUAAGGGGUUGACCUGUGGUUAUGUAGAAAUAUUGAAAUGACUUCAUAUUGCAAGCUUCCAGUCAUUCCAAAGGCUAAAGCAAUCUUCAAACAGGAUUGCCAUUUCCUAUUUGCAUCACUGCAUGACCCAUGUGCAAUCAAUGGCAAGUCAUCUUGUGAUCAAAAUUUUUGGACUCAAUAUUGGAUUAGAAAGUAUGUAAGAUUUACAUUUGCCAAAGUUAAAAUUGAUUAUUUGCAAACUUUCAAUUGAUCAAUUGAAAAAAAAUUCUGGCAAAACUUCAUAUAAAGCUUGCACUCGUGCCUGAUAUUGUUUCUUCCAAAAAAUAUUUUUCAAAUUUUACAGUAUACAUUAUGUAUUUCUUGGUGAUUUGAUAUGAAUGGAAUAAAAAUGUACAUUUUAUACUGAAAAAUUAGUCUUGAAUCAGAAAGUUCUUGUCUUUUUGUGUUUUAUUAUUCAAAAUGUUUAACUUCAUGAAUAACACAUUUUUAUGAACAAAAGUACUAUAGAUACAUUUUAUUUUUAGUACAUUCACUCACAGAGACACAUUGAUUUGUAAACAUAAUAAUUGUCAAAAAAGAGAUAAUUACAAAAAUGAUCACAAUAUUGUUUGGUCAGGGGCCCGUUGCAGAAAGAGUUGCAAUCAAUUGCAACUCUAAAAAUCAGGCGCAACUUGAUUUUCAACCAAUCAACAGCACACAUUUAGGACUUGCGAUUAAACGCAACUCCUGUUGAUGCAAGUGGUUUUAACUGGGGGCUUUCAAGAUUGAAAGAAUAGAAUUGGGUGGAUUAUCCGAUUAUGGAUAUAGUGACUUGGGUAGAUUGCUAAUAAUUAUAUCAGUGCAUUAAUCAUUAAGGAAGCCCC